AUGUGGGCCUCGACUGGUCGGCCCGUCAUUUUGCAGGACAUCAAUGAGAAGGCGCUCUCGUCUGCCGUUGUCUAUGUCGGCGAUGCCCUGACGACUGUCUGCGCGGUCCGCGAGUCACAUCCCGGCCGCGUCACGACGAGCACUGUCCUCGAGGAGUCUUGCGGCGCCAACCCCUGGAUGGUCAUCGAAGCACUGCCUGAAGACCCCGAGAUCAAGCGCGAGAUGCUUGGAAAGGUCGACUCGCUCGUGCCAGAAGACUGCAUCAUCGCCUCCAACAGCUCAACAUGGCCGACAUCGGCAUUGCGAACGUUGAUCUCCCGCCCGGAACGUCUCCUCAACACGCAUUAUCAUCUUCCACCACGUAACACCUACGUGGAGCUGAUGACCUGCGGAGCCACCGACAAGGACCUCAUGCCCUUCUUGAAAGAGCAGAUGCGGAGCGUAGGCUUCAACCCGCUUGCGUUGCCCCAUGAGUCCGUCGGCUUUGUCUUCAACCGCAUCUGGUCUGCAGUCAAGUCAGACACCCUGCGAGUCUUACAGGCAGAGCUGGCUUCGCCCCGAGACAUUGACGCGCUAUUCCGAGACUUCUUCCACGCCGAGAAGGGACCUUGCGAGAAGAUGGACGAGGUUGGUCUAGACACGGUCUGGCAGGUGGAGCGGAACAGGGUGAACAUGGGCGUCGUGGAUCCGAAGAAGGCGGGGUACACGGACUGGCUGGAGGAGAACUACAUCUCAAGAGGAAGACUGGGAGAGAAGACCGGAGACGGACUCUGCUCUGCGGAAGAAAGAAGGUUGUUGGCCCAAAAAAGAGCGUUGGCAAGGAAGUCUUAUCUGAAGUUGCGCUAA